AUGAAAACUGUCUCCAUUCUCAUGCUGAGAGCAGCCUUACAACUGGCCACGUUUUGGGGGACUAAUGGAAAGCUCAUGUCCAAAGCCCCCUGCAGACCCGGCUUCUCACAAAGUUUUUACUCCGUGCUUAUUUCAAGGGAUGUACUGCAAGGCCGGAGCAUACUUCAAGAUUCCACCGUGUCAUCUCCGAAAGUGAGUUUUGAUGACUGUAUGGCGAAUGAGGGGGUGGUCUUUCAGAGCAGUGACCCCAGGUUCAGCAUUGGCGCUGACGGGUCCAUCUACGCCCAGAGAGAGGUGACCAGCCUGACCGCACCGGUCCAGUUCACGGUCACUGCCAGCGGUCCACACGUGUGGGAGACCACGGUCAAACUGGCCCUGAUGGGGCAACCCACUCCCUCAUCGCCAGGCAAUCAGGUCACAGAGGAAGAGGGAAAAGGAGGGGAGAGGAAGGAGGAAGAGGAGGUCAAAGCACCACCAGAGUUCCAGGCUCCACCCACUGUCAUCAUGUUUCCCAGGCAACAGGAGAUAAGCUCCAAGGGGCUGCGGAGACAGAAGAGGGACUGGGUGAUUCCACCAGUCAACGUGCCUGAAAACUCCAGGGGGCCCUUCCCACAAAUGCUUGUCAGUAUCCGUUCGGACCAGGACCGGAACAUCUCCAUCCGAUACAGCAUCACAGGGGUGGGAGCGGACCAGCCACCCAAUGAGGUGUUCAGUAUCGACCCUGUCGCCGGCAAGAUGUUCGUCACCAAGCCGCUGGACAGAGAGAGAAGAUCAUCUUACCAUCUUCGUGCCCAUGCAGUGAACAUGAAUGGUGAGCGAGUGGAGAGCCCCAUAGACCUGUACAUCUAUGUCAUAGACAUGAACGACAACCGGCCUGAGUUCAAGAACCAGGUCUACAAUGGCUCUGUCGACGAGGGCUCCAAGCCAGGUACGUUUGUGAUGCACCUGGCAGCCUUCGAUCAUGAUGACAACACCACGGCCAAUGGGAUGGUGCGCUACCGGAUCCUUUCCCAGACGCCACACAGCCCCAUCCCCAACAUGUUCACCAUCAACAGCGAGACCGGAGACAUUGUCACCGUGGCAGCAGGCCUCGACCGCGAGAAAGUGUCCCAGUACAGCAUCAUCGUCCAGGCCACGGACAUGGAGGGCAACCUAAACUUUGGCCUGUCCAACACGGCCACCGCCAUCAUCUCUGUGACAGAUAUCAAUGACAACCCACCCGAGCUCACCUCCAGAACUUUUUCGGGGGAGGUUCCAGAGAACCGGAUCAAUGUUGCGGUUGCCAACCUGACCGUGAUUGACCGCGACCAGCCACGCUCACCCAACUGGAACGCUGUGUACAGGAUCAUCAGCGGUGACCCCAUAGGUCACUUCACCAUCAUCACCGACCCACACACCAAUGACGGCAUGGUUACUGUGGUGAAGCCGGUGGACUUUGAGCAGAACAGGGCAUUCAUGCUGACGGUGGUGGUCAAUAACCAGGCCCCGCUGGCCAGUGGGAUCCAGUCGUCCCUCCAGUCCACAUCCGGGGUCACCAUCUCUGUGGUAGACAUCAACGAACCGCCCUUCUUCCCCACCAACCCCAAAUCCAUCCGCUUUGAGGAGGGUGUUCCUGCUGGCACCUCUCUCACCACCUUCUCAGCCAGCGACCCUGACCGCUUCAUGCAGCAGAGCAUCAGGUAUUCUAAGCUGGCCGAUCCAGCUGAGUGGCUGUCCAUCAACACCACCAACGGUCAGAUCGUCACCACGGCAACCCUGGACAGAGAGUCCAUCUACGUCAAAAACAACAUCUACGAAGCCACCUUCCUCGCAGUCGAUAACGGCUCUCCCAUGGCCAGCGGUACAGGAACCCUCCAGAUCUAUCUGAUAGAUGUGAAUGACAACGCUCCAUCUCUGCUGCCCCGCGAGUCUCAGAUCUGUGAGCGCAUCAACCGCAAUGCCGGCAUCAACAUCACGGCUGCAGACUCAGACACGGACCCCAACGUAGGACCCUUUGUAUUCGAGCUGCCAACCUUCCCCGCCAGCAUACGACGCAACUGGACUGUGUCACGUCUCAACGGUGACUAUGCCCGGUUGAGUUUGCGGAUCCAGUAUCUGAAGCCUGGGGUGUAUGAGGUGCCUGUGAUUGUGAGCGACUCGGGGAACCCUCCUCUCUCCAACAGGUCCAUUAUAAAGGUCAAGGUGUGUCCGUGUGAUGAGAAUGGAGACUGCACCCUGGUCGGGGCUGUGGCUGCCGCUGGACUGGGGACUGGAGCUAUCAUAGCCAUACUCAUCUGUAUCAUCAUACUGCUCAGUAUGGUGCUAGUAUUUGUGGUGUGGAUGAAGCGUAGAGAGAAGGAGAGGCAGACCAAACAGCUGCUGAUCGACCCAGAGGACGAUGUCAGAGAUAACAUUCUGAAAUACGACGAGGAAGGAGGGGGAGAGGAGGACCAGGACUAUGACCUAAGCCAGCUGCAGCAGCCUGACUCUCUGGAGCACAUCAUCAGUAAGCCCCUGGGGGUACGGAGGGUGGACGAGCGCCCCAUCAUCCCUGAGUCCCAGUAUCCCAUCCGACCUGCGGUCCCCCACCCUGGGGAUAUCGGGGACUUCAUCAACGAGGGUUUGCGGGCGGCAGACAACGACCCCACGGCCCCUCCAUAUGACUCCCUCCUGGUGUUUGACUACGAGGGCAGUGGCUCCACGGCCGGAUCCGUCAGCUCCCUCAACUCCUCCAGCACAGGGGACCAGGACUACGACUACCUCAACGACUGGGGCCCCCGCUUUAAGAAGCUGGCCGAUAUGUAUGGGGGAGGGGAAGACGACUAG